CCUUCCGCAUGGAUAGAGCGAGGGGAACGCCUCCAGGAAAAGAAAUUAAAUGCACACACACAGAGGCACACAGGGACGGCCGAUUCGAAAAUAUUUCUGAGAACGCAAUUUGCGCUCAUGCGGCUCAGCGUCACAUGAAAGAGGCCGCCUGAAGAGCUGGCUGGCACAGGUUUAUUUUGUUGUAGUAUUUUCUUCCACCCCCCAGCUCUUUACCCAGUGGAAUGAUAUCCAGAGCAAGUUUUUUGAGACAGGAAGUGAGGAAUGUUUUCACUAUGAGUGAUCUGAGAAGAAGGUGGGUUAGCCGAGAUAGCAGCUGCUUGGGACGAGAGGAACACAGUAAGUCAGUUCCCGAGGAAUACAGAUGAGAUGGCUCCGGGAGAAGAAGCCUUGGAGCGCUGGGGGGGUUUUUCGGCUACACGUAUGUGAAAGGAGAGCCGGUGCCUUUGGAUCGCUGAGCAAGGACUCCAGUGGAUGUCUCUUCUCCUUGUCUCUUGGUGGAAAACUUGCUUGGCUUUGAUGGGUACUGCUGCUGCUGGUUGAUCUCUGGAGACUUUACAGCUCCUUACCUUUUGAGAGGAGGUGCCUUCUUGUCACCUCUCAAGGUCUCAGUGGUAGUAGCUCUUUAUCACUAACCAUCUGUGGGGUAAAAAGAAGAUGCCUCUACCUUUUGGGUUAAAAUUGAAACGAACUCGACGUUACACAGUAUCCAGCAAGAGUUGCUUGGUGGCUCGUAUCCAGCUGCUCAACAAUGAAUUUGUGGAGUUCACACUGUCAGUGGAAAGCACGGGCCAGGAAAGUCUGGAAGCAGUGGCUCAGAGGCUUGAAUUGCGGGAGAUUACAUAUUUCAGUCUCUGGUAUUAUAACAAGCAGAAUCAGCGCAGAUGGGUAGAUUUGGACAAGCCUCUGAAAAAGCAGCUGGACAAAUAUGCCUUGGAGCCAACUGUGUAUUUUGGAGUAGUGUUCUAUGUGCCUACUGUUUCUCAGCUUCAGCAGGAGAUUACCAGGUAUCAGUAUUACUUGCAAUUAAAGAAAGAUAUCUUGGAGGGCAACAUUCCUUGCACACUGGAACAAGCAAUACAUCUGGCUGGUUUGGCAGUUCAGGCGGAUUUUGGAGACUAUGAUCAGUAUGAAUCUCAGGAGUUUCUACAAAGAUUUGCUUUGUUUCCAGUGGGUUGGCUACAAGAAGAAAAAAUAUUGGAAGAAGCAACGCAGAAAGUUGCCUUGCUACAUCAGAAGUACAGAGGCCUUACUCCUCCUGAUGCAGAAAUGUUAUAUAUGCAAGAAGUGGAAAGAAUGGAGGGCUAUGGUGAAGAGACCUAUCCUGCAAAGGACAGCCAAGGAAGUGACAUAUUCAUUGGAGCAUGUCUUGAUGGUAUCUUUGUGAAACACAAAAAUGGUCGUCCUCCUGUUGUAUUUAGGUGGCAUGAUAUUGCCAACAUGUCCCACAACAAAUCCUUUUUCGCAUUAGAAUUGGCAAACAAAGAAGAGACAAUUCAGUUUCAAACUGAAGAUAUGGAAACGGCAAAAUAUGUGUGGAGGAUGUGUGUGGCUAGACACAAAUUUUACAGACUAAAUAAAUGCAGCCUAGACUCCUUGGACUCUCCACCUGAGGAGGGGUCUCAGAAAUCUUCCCUCAUUCUUUCCCUUCCACGCUUUCCAAUCCUUUCUCGUCCUUCACUUCCCAAAGGACAAACUCAGCCAGUUACAGUGAAUCCUGUUAGAAGACGAUCUUCAUCCAGGAUGUCCAUGCCCAAGCCUCAGCCUUAUAUGAUGCCUCCACCACCUCAGCUGCAUUACAAUGGUCAUUAUAGUGAACCAUAUGCAACUUCCCAAGAUAACCUCUUUGUGAGCAAUCAGAACGGAUACUACUGUCACUCUCAGACUAGCUUGGAUAGAGCCCCUCAUGACUACAGUGGUCGGAUCCGCAAUGGGAGUGUCUAUAGUGCACACAGCACAAACUCCUUGAACAAUCCACAGCAUUACUUGCAGCCAUCUCCCAUGUCCUCUAACCCAAGCAUUACUGGAAGUGAUGUGCUCAGAACUGAUUAUGUCCCAUCACACAGACACAGUGCACUAAUACCACCUUCUUAUCGUCCCACACCAGACUAUGAGACUGUGAUGAGACAGCUCAACAGGGGGAUGGUGCACACAGAUAGGCAGAGUCAUUCAAUGAGAAAUCUUAACAUCAGCAACUCAUACGCUUACAGCAGGCCUGAUGCCUUAGUUUACAGUCAGCCUGAAAUUCGAGAGCAUGCCCACUUUGCUGCCCCGCAGUCUAACCAUUAUCCAUUCAACCUGAACUACAGCUUCCAUAGCCAAUCCCCCUAUCCCUAUCCUGCUGAAAAGCGCCCAGUUGUUGGGGCAGUCAGUGUGCCUGAGCUGACAAAUGUGCAGCUGCAGUCUCAGGAUUAUCCAGCACCCAAUAUAAUGAAGACUCAAGUGUAUCGACCGCCUCCCCCAUACCCGUACCCAAGACCCGCCAACAGUACUCCUGACCUCUCACGGCACAUCUACAUCAGCAGCAGCAACCCAGAUCUCAUCACAAGGCGAGUGCACCACUCUGUCCAGACCUUUCAGGAAGACAGCCUGCCUGUGGCUCAUUCUCUUCAGGAGGUCAGUGAACCUCUGACGUCGGCACGCCACGCUCAACUGCAGAAAAGGAACAGUAUUGAAAUAGCAGGCUUGACUCCCAGCUUUGAAGGAAUGAGAAUUAAAGAGAGGACUAUGUCAGCUUCUGCAGCAGAUGUGGCUCUUCCAAGAGUUAUCUCAGAAGGGUCACAGCCCAACAUUCUGAUGGAGAGAACGAAGCAAAAAGAGGGUGAGCAAGAAUGCGUGAACUGUGAUCACAAGAAAACCCUUUCAGAUGCCACUAUGCUGAUUCACAGUAGUGAGGAAGAGGAAGAGUUUGAAGAAGAGAACAAGGCCAGUACAAGUCUUUCUCCUCUCCCUGAAGAUCAAACCCAACUUUCAUCUGUUAUGGCAGGUUAUUCUCAUGAUUCAGUACUAAACUACCCUUAUAGCUCUGUUGCUUCAUCUGCUGGCCCUUUGCAUAUCCUUGAGCCUAAAUUACAUAUCACAGAGGCAGAAAAGAGAAUGAAAGAUAUGAGCCCUGUUCAUUUACUAGUAGAAAGCCAGGUACAGAGAAGAGGGGAAGGACUGCUUACUCCAUCUAUGUCAGAAUCAGAUCUUACAACAUCAGGGAGAUACAGAGUAAGGAAAGAUUCAGUAAAGAAGAGACCCGUGUCCGAUCUUUUGUCUGGGAAGAAGAAUAUUGUGGAAGGCCUUCCCCCUCUAGGUGGUAUGAAAAAGAAUAAAAAUGAGGCAAAAAAAAUGGGGCCUCUGAAGCUGGCUGCCCUAAAUGGACUGGCAUUGACUAGGAUGCCUCUGCCAGAUGAGGGGAAGGAAGAAUCAACGAGAGCAACAAAUGAUGAAAGAUGUAGAGCCCUGGAGCAGCGGCUGGAGCAGGGCAUGGUGUUCACGGAGUACGAGCGCAUCCAGAAGAAAAGGCUGCUGGAUGGAGAGUGCUCCAUAGCUCGGCUGCCGGAAAACGCCGAGAGGAACCGCUUCCAGGACGUCCUUCCUUAUGAUGACACCAGAGUGGAGCUGGUCCCAACCAAAGAAAAUAACACGGGUUACAUCAAUGCAUCUCACAUCAAGAUCUCUGUUGGUGGCAUAGAGUGGGAUUACAUUGCCACACAGGGCCCUUUGCAAAACACAUGUCAGGAUUUCUGGCAGAUGAUCUGGGAACAAGGGAUUGCAAUCAUAGCCAUGGUGACGGCAGAGGAAGAAAGUGGGAGAGAAAAAAGCUUCAGAUACUGGCCACGUCUUGGUUCAAGACACAACACUGUGACAUACGGAAGAUUUAAGAUUACCACGCGAUUCCGUACCGACUCGGGCUGCUAUGCAACGACAGGUUUGAAGAUUAAACAUCUUCUCACAGGACAGGAGAGAACGGUUUGGCAUUUGCAGUAUACUGACUGGCCAGAGCAUGGCUGUCCAGAAGAUUUAAAGGGAUUUUUAUCGUACCUGGAGGAGAUUCAGUCAGUGCGGCGCCACACGAACAGCACAGCAGACCCCAAGAGCUCUGACCCCCCGCUGCUGGUGCACUGCAGCGCGGGCGUGGGACGCACGGGAGUGGUCAUACUGGCAGAGAUCAUGAUCGCCUGCUUGGAACACAACGAGAUGCUGGACAUCCCACGAGUGCUGGAUAUGUUGAGGCAGCAGAGAAUGAUGAUGGUGCAGACUCUUUCACAGUACACUUUCGUCUAUGGAGUUCUCAUUCAGUUUCUCAAAAGUUCUAGACUUAUCUAACCCCUGCCACUUCCUAAGACACUCUGCAAGAGUUUACAGAAAGAAAAUUGGAGUUGUCCAGACCUGCUCUCACUGGUGUUUUCCUCAUUUGGUGAAUCACAGAGUUACCAUUUAGGGCUGCCAUGGGACUGUUAAAUGGAAGUCAGUGUUACAGUCUCUGCAGGAUCUUCGCUGGACUGAAUUCUUCCCACGUUCAGCCACAGUCACAUAAUGGAAUGAUUUUACUUAUAUUGGUCUGUAGUACUUGCACACGUUCUUUAGAGUGGUGUUACUCUGAGCAAAAUAAGUAUCAUAUGGAAUGGAGGUACAUAGUACAAUUUUACUGACAUUAUGUUUUGAAACAUAAUUGUUGACUGUGCAAAAGCUAAAAUCUGUAGGUGCAGAUGGGGUCAGAAACCUGCCCCUUGGGAAUGUCAAGGUCUUACGCAGUUUGACUCUGCUUUCAAUUUUAUAUUUAAAACAAUACAUCUCUAUUUUUUAAAAUUAACAUUUGGUUUCCUUUGGCUUGCCUAGCAAAAUUAGCAGCCCUUGGGUAUUUUAAGCUGUUGCUUUAAGAACGGUUAUUUUUAUACUCAAGAUUUUUAAAUUAAAAAGAAAAUGAACCACCAAAAUAGAAAACAUUUUAAACAUAACAAUACUUUCAGAGGAGAAGACUGACAAUGUUUGAAGCAACUUUUCAAAAAUCAGGCAGAAGGUCCUAGGGAAGCUGUUGGUAGUUAGUUGUAGUGCCAUGUAAUAGAACAGACAAGUGAAAGAUAAUGGUAACUGUUGAUAACUUUCAUUUGAGAGGAGGCAUGUUAACCUGCAACAGGAAGGGGAAAAAUAUUUUAAGUAUCUGUGAAGUUUUUGGAAACAAAUGGAUGAGAGAAAGUACAUAUUCAGUAUUAUUCAUAUAUUUAGAGGACAGUUUGAUUUUACUGGCUGAAAUCAAAGUGGAUGCAAAUGUUUUAAGCACUUUUUUUGCUCUGUUAUUUAUGUAGCUAAAUAUAGAGACUAUAAUCAUGCAUUGUUUCAUUUGGUAAUAUACCAUUACUAACCUGUUAUUUUAAGAAGAGCUUUUUAAGUUGAUGAAGUGAGAGAACCAAAAUGGGAGUAGGAAGGUGCAGAGUGGUGAAGUGGAAAUGAUUGUCUGAAGCGUAAUGGAGGAGGUGUGGCAGCUAUGAUUGCUGGUUUACACAGUGCAAAGAUGACCUUAAAAAAAGUUAAUGUUCCCAGCCAAGAAAGCCAGUAAAGCACUGGAAGUUUCUGUAGAAUCCUCCAGAUUCUUUUGUUAGUGCUAGAACAAAUUUUGCUAAUGCUGUCCAGCAUUGCAAUGAAGAACAUUUGAGAAAUUGCAGAAAAAGAGCUCUUGGAGGAAGCACUGGAGAGGGGGUGAUUUAGUAGCUGUGUGAGUGGCUGAGUCAGUGGCUGUGGCAUGGACCUGAAGUAGGCAGGUACAGCCUACUGGACAAAUGAUGAUAUCCCUAAAUAAUCCUCUGUGGUUUUCAGUGGGGACAGUGUGGUUUUAACUGCCUUUCCAAGUGUUUUGAGAUGCUGAGUUGAAAAUCCCUGUUCCAAAUUGAGCUAUAUUUUUUCGAUAUCUGGUUUAAUUAAAAAAAAAACCCUGUAUAGCAGACCAGUCUGCAGGCAUGGUAAAGUGUACAUUUCCCUUGAUACCUGCUUAGUGAAAUGAAAUUAAACUAAGUCAGGUUUAUUAGUGCUGAAAUUGUUAUUUUUCUGAGAUCUAACAAGGGUUUGGAAACUAUUAAACCCCCUUCAAAAUGAUAGUUGUGUCCCAGAACAUGAAUUAAAAAUUAUAAAUAGGUUGCCUCGAUUUCCUUUGUAAUAAGCUGCUUCCAUGAAGUUAAAAAUAUGGUCCAAAUGACAUUGAGAUAAUAUGUCAUUUUAUCAAAAAGAUAUUACUUUUAGGUACACAAUAUUGAUCUGUUGCUUUCAGGUCUGCUUGGAAGCAGUCUGAUUUGUUGUACUCUCAGUAUAAGUUAGAUUGAAUAUUUCAGACCAGGGAAAAGAAAUGUUGUUCAUAUAUAAAAUGCCUAGGAAUUGUUAAUUGCCAAACAUAAAACUGGAAGUCCAGAGGAAACCAGUUGCUGAAGACAGAUUCUUUAUACAUAAACCUUGCAAACAUACCAAUCUGACAUAUCUAUGUUGACAGAAGUAUUGAAAGAAGCAAACAUACUUAGCUAUUUUUAUCAUGCUCGGUUUUAAAAAUAUUGUUGAUUUUUGCCACAGUUCACUUCUGUCUGGAGAAAUGCUAUUGAAUGGGAGGGCCAGCUCUAAAAUGUAGCUUGGCCCUUUUCCAUUUCUUAAAUUUGCACUGUGAUCUUCAUAACCUGAUAGAUGCAGUUUUAGUGACAUGAUGGACAACCAGAACCUCAAGCAGCAGUUUCUGAGACAGAACAUCAGCUGCGAGGCAUUAAAAUGAACAGUAAUAACAAGCAAUUUAAUCCAGUAUUUAUGGUAUUAUUUGAGGUGGGUAAGGAAAUGUGUGUCUUUUGGCUUAUUUUUCUGUUUAGCUAAAAGAAGUUGUGUUCACUUUUAGAGGUGGUCCUGCUCAAAUCUGGUAGUCACAGUCUUGGUUUUUUCAGUGUAUCACUGCUACCUCCUCCCCUUCAGCUUCCAGUUCUGUCCAUCAGCAGUCUGUUUUUGCAGUGAUAGACUUGACCUUAUUAGACUUGACUUUAUGUGAGUUUUUCUACUGAACACUGUAGGAUUGCUUUUGUUUGUAAGCAUGUAGCUCUGAGUGGGCAUUGAAAAUGAGCAGUUUCUCUUCUAGAUACCAAAUGAAAUUAAACUUCACAACCUUCUUAAAAAAUUAUUUUUUAAACCAUUGUUUAGAUUUUCAGUUAACUUAUAAAAGGCAAUUCAGUUUUUAGCACUUUUAUUCUGAGUCUUGAAAAGGGAUGCAUUUUUACGUGUAGCUGUGCUGGGUGCUUCAUGAAGUUUUGGAUGUUAUAACAAUAUCCACUGUCCAAAUCCAGUCACAGUUUGAGUCAGAGGUGGAUUUAUUUGUCAAAAAACUUAAAAUUUCUCUAAAAGCCUGUCCAAUUUUGCCAAAUGUGUAUCUGUUUUUAUGGGGAUGAAAUCAGAUGAUUAUGCAAGAUUUGAACAGAGUUUGUUUAGUAAGAAAAGUUUUACAAACAAUUCUUGCAGCAAAUGGCAAAGAUGAUGCUGAUCUCUAGGGAUGUCAGAGCUCUCAGGGACAAAUAAAGGUGCUAUAUACUGUCAAGAGACAGAUUUGAUGGUCUUUUGUUGAUUAGGUAGAAGAUGCUUUCUAGGAUCAAAUUAUAUGAAGAGACAGGAGAAGAAAAUACAGGCUGUAGUAAGGACACGUGUAUAUUUGGUUUCUUUCUUGGUUGCUCUGAUGGGAGAUUUUUAUUGGCCAGUGAAUCUUUGUAGGCUUGGGCUAAAACCUCUUCUCUAAGAAGCUAAAUCAGAGCUCUGUCCAUUACAAAGCUGUCACUGACUUAGCUGGGUUGGCUUUAGGCUGCAGUCCCUCCUGGCCCUGUUUGGUGAGGGAGGAGCUCUGAGGUGCCCAGGGGAGUUUUGCACAGCCUCUGCAGCCUGCACAGCAGUGCUCUCCUUUUCUGCUGUCCCCCAGGAAGAGCAGGAAAAGUUUUAUGCCUUCGUAUUCCACUCAUUGGAAUACCUUUCACACAAGGUGCAGGAUGCUACAGUGUAUAUGUAGAAAUACAUUUAAUUCAAAGCAGGUGACCAAGGCAGUGUUCCUGUAUUUCUAUGGAUGAAAAGCUGCUGUAAGUUAGCACCAACAUUCAAAAAACAAAAGUAAAAUACAGUAAUAACAAAUAAAAGUAAAAUAAAAUUUUACUAAAGUGGAAAAGAUUCUUGACAUUUUACAUUUGGCUUCUCUUGUAAUCCCGUGUAUCUCUUUUUGAAGUGGGCAACACUUGGAGCAAUUUUCUCCAAAAUGGCUCCUUUAAAUGUAAUAAGUAAGACUGAGGCUGCUGCUCCAGCUGCUGCUGCAUAUUUUGUGUUGGAACAGCUGUUAAAGUUGAGUGGCUCAUAGAUUUCAAUGGCUUCUGGACCAAAUUUGGAAACUGCAGGGUUGUUUAUCAUAGCUCUGUAAUGAAACCUCAGUUUUAAUAUCAAUAGCAUUACUAAAUCCCUGGGAUUUAAAAACAGUGAACCCAUUACUCUUUUUCAAUAGUUCAAAUUAUCAUUUUAAAAUAAUCAAUGCUUCAGUUGCUAAUAACUUAGUGCUUUAGUGUUUAGGGCUGGGGUUUUUUCUGGUAGUGCAAAGUUAUGGAAAGCCAGAGUCCAGCCCUGCAAGAUGCACAAUUCCUGCAGUUCUUCAUGAUACUGUAGGAAUUAACACGGGCUUACUGCCAAUGAAAGCCUGAGCCCUUGAAGCACGAAUACGCAUGUCUGCUUUAAAUUUAAAUACAGAUUACAAGAAUUAACCAAAAGAAUGCAGCAGGAAUGUGCAUACAGGAAAGUCAAGCAUUCAAAGGAAAAGUAGAUGAGAGUUCAAAAGAAAUUCUCUUGUGCAAGUACAAAAUUUUGGACAUAGAGAGUGAGGAUUUGAGGAGUGGCAGAAGGCAUUUGGAGGAGGAUUUGGAAUGUUUUGUAUCCAAAGUAGAGCUGCUAGCAGGAUUUGAGUCAUAUGGUAUGUUUUUCAUGGCAUGGUAGGGUAAGUGAAUGUAGUCAUAGGUGUUAUUUUUACUGGCUUUUUAAAAUGUGAUUUUUUAAACUCCAAAUACUUUUUCAGAGGCUCUGUUAUUUUUACAUAUCUUCCUUUCCAAACGUAUUGAAUGCAAUCUGUCAGCUUAAUUUCUGUUUACUGAUUAAAGGUCAGAUUUUUCAAACGACAGUCUCUAGUUUUACAGAUACAAAAUGCAGGGGGAACAGGCAUACUUGCAGUUUUGCAGUGAUAAUUUCUAAUGGAUGCAGGUGAGAUGAUUAAAAAUUCUAACUAUGUUUUGAAUGAAGCCAGGUAUUUACAGCUGGUGUGAGUUGUACCAAGUUAAGGCUGGGCUAACAAUGAGAUUCUUGGAAUGUGGAAUUUACUGUGUACUUAGAAGUUUUGUUGCAGUGCAGCAUUUGCAACACAGUGACAUUAAAACAGUGUAACACUGCGCUAAGGCAAGGGAAAAAAAAUCUUAAACUGCUGUUGCAAACGUGUCUGUAAAAAGAGAAGCUAAAGAAAAAAAAAAUCUUGGUACAAUCUUGCUUGGGACCAGCUAAGGUGGUGCAUUCUGUUGGCAUCACAUGUUACUUUGAGGUCUAACUGGGCUGAAAAAAUAAGGAUUUGUUAACUUCAAUGAAUGCUCAUGCUAAAAAAAAAAAACUGUUGCUAAAUAGCCUUUGGUUCUAUUCUUUGCUAUUUUCCACAUCACACUGUGUUCAAUAGUGAAGAAUAACCUCCAGGGUGUUUGUUUUGUUGAAGUCAAUUCUUCAACUUAACUUAGGGAAUGAAGAUAGAAAUCAAAUGUAAAGAAUCUAAUGAACAGAGUUUACAACAGAUGCAGCCUGUGGCAAGUCAAAGAGCAAAACUGCAGAUACUGUAAUGUUCUUUUGGUUCAGAUAUGCAGCAAUAAAAACUACCAAAUUAUUAAUUUUAUGAGCAGUUUCAGAAGGUGCCUAACUUUUAUAAAGGGAAUUAAAUGCUGUUUUUCCAUUUGGAAACAUUUAGGUAAAAUUAGGAGACUUUCUUUUAAUACACUUUAAGACAUUGCAAAUGCCAUUAAUUUUUAGAAUGGUAGGAAACUUGAUGGAGCAAACCCCUGUAAAAUCCUCCAGUUCAUCACCUUGCUAAUGCUGGAUAAUUCUAACAGACAAGGUGUGUAUGCUCUUUACUAAGAUACUUGCUAAAGUUGCUUUGGAAUACCCAACUUGUCUGGCUGUCCUCUUUGUGGCUUUUCUGGGGGCACUUGGAUGGAAAUUUAAGAGGCUUUACCUGGCAAAUCAGCAAGUAUGUCCACUCCUGCAGACUGCUGAAGUCUCUUCAUUCAUUAAAAGCAAAGGGGAGUUGGAAAUCCUGUCAGCAGUUUUGUAGGAUUGAGUCCUUAGUGUCAGAGGAACACAGGAUCUGGCUCCAUUUCCUUCAGUUUUCACUUGAGCCAGUAUGCAAGGAUUUAAAUGGGACUUUGUCUAAAGGUAGCAAACAUGAAGUAUUAUUUUCUAGUACUAAGCUAGUGGUUAACAUGUCUAUUUUUUGCUGUCUUGCCACCAAUACUGUAAAAAUGUAUAAUCAAACCAGCUUUAAUUCUUGUAAAACUGAAAUUGGUUUGUAAAACAAUGUAUAAAUUGUGUUUCAUAGACAGAAAAGCUUGUAUUACUGAAUGUAAUAUAUGUGAAAUGAAUAUAUUAUAGUCUAUUUUUGCCAUGGAAAUAAAUAUUUGAAGCAAUCAUGAGUUUUUAUAGUUCCAUUAUUAAAGGAAAAAUGUGAAAACUUACUGUUCAUGUGUAGUCCUAAGCUGGGACUUUGCCUUCAUUUCACAAAGGUGUGAUCCCUCUUCUAAUGUGCUGCAAGUACUGGGUAUAAAAUUUGUGUCAAGUAC